CACUGGCCAGAAAUUACUCUGCAACAGUGGAAGCACCACGGUGUCACCCACAGCACUGCACCGCAGAACCGACUGCCCGGGGUCAACCAGCCCCUGUCUGGUCUGACAGUCCACUGGGCGGCACAGCCAUGUACGCGUGUCCCAUUAGCCUUGCUAGUCUUCACAGCAAUCCAUACCAGCGCGUCCGUGCACAGGACAUCAGCAACGAGCCUUGCAUGGUGUGUCUGGAGGAUCUGGCACCAACGCGAAUGCCGCAUGAGCCAGAUACGACCACGUCUGCGUCGGAUAGAAGCUCUAUCGAUGUGGAUGGAGACCAGGAGCGUGCGCGGGUUUGUGUGGCGCUGAAGGCUUGUGCACAUCAGUACCACGAGGGGUGUCUGGCCGCAGCCCUAGCGAAUAGUAUGGCGUGUGCUAUCUGCCGAGCACCAGUGGCGCAGGGGAUGAGGGGCACCCAGCCGUCUGGGACGAUGCAAUACAAGAUGUAUCCGUUUUCCGCGGGUAUGCAGCAACAGUACCACCCCUCACCAGGUGUGAAACAUCAGGGAGCACGACGGAUCGCCUACUUGCCGGACAAUCGGGAUCGCAAGAUGCUGCUGAAUCGACUGUUGUACGCGUUUGAGCACGGCCUUACCUUCACGGUCGGAACCUCCUACACCUCCGGACAACCUAAUCAAGUGACCUGGGGGACCAAUCAAACACGGUAUGCAUUUGACUGA